AUGGCAGCCCUGGCAGCUGGAGUAUCCAAGCAACGUGCAGCUGCUGAGGGUCUUGGCUCUAACCAGAAUGCUGUAAAGUAUUUAGGCCAAGACUUUGAGACCCUGAGAAAACAAUGCUUGAACUCAGGGGUCCUAUUUAAAGAUCCGGAGUUCCCAGCAUGUCCAUCAGCUUUGGGCUACAAGGACCUUGGACCCAGCUCCCCCCAAACUCAAGGCAUCCUAUGGAAGCGACCCACGGAAUUGUGUCCCAACCCUCAGUUUAUUGUUGACGGAGCCACGCGCACAGACAUCUGCCAAGGGGAUCUAGGUGACUGUUGGCUUCUGGCAGCCAUUGCCUCCCUCACCUUGAGUGAAAAGCUGCUUUACCGAGUGGUCCCCAGGGACCAGAGCUUCCAGAAGAACUAUGCAGGCAUUUUUCAUUUCCAGUUCUGGCAGUAUGGAGAGUGGGUGGAGGUGGUCAUUGAUGACAGGCUCCCCACCAAGAAUGGACAACUGCUCUUUCUACACUCGGAAGAAGGCAGUGAAUUCUGGAGUGCUUUGCUGGAGAAAGCCUAUGCCAAGCUCAAUGGUUCCUAUGAGGCUCUUGCUGGAGGCUCCACGGUUGAGGGCUUUGAAGACUUCACAGGUGGCAUCUCUGAGUUUUAUGACUUGAGGAAGCCCCCGGGCAAUCUGUACCACAUCAUCCGGAAGGCCCUCCGUGCGGGAUCUCUGCUGGGCUGCUCCAUUGAUGUCUCAAGCACAGCCGAAGCAGAAGCCGUCACCUGGCAAAAGCUGGUUAAGGGUCACGCAUACUCUGUUACUGGAGUCGAGGAGUUGGAUUUCCGUGGCCGCCCAGAGAAGCUGAUCCGACUGAGGAACCCGUGGGGUGAAGUGGAGUGGUCGGGAGCCUGGAGUGAUGCUGCACCUGAGUGGAAUUACAUAGAUCCCAGGAAGAAGGAAGAACUGGACAAGAGAGCAGAGGAUGGAGAGUUCUGGAUGUCCUUUUCGGAUUUCUUGAAGCAGUUCUCUCGACUCGAGAUAUGCAACCUGUCCCCAGACUCUCUGAGCAGUGAAGAGGUCCACAAAUGGAACCUGGUGCUCUUCAACGGCCGCUGGACACGAGGCUCCACAGCCGGGGGCUGCCAGAAAAACUCAGCCACUUACUGGACCAACCCCCAGUUCAAAAUCCAUUUGGAUGAUGUGGAUGAGGACCAGGAGGAAGGCACCAAUGAAUCCUGCUGUACAGUGCUGCUGGGUCUGAUGCAGAAGAAUCGCAGACGACAGAAGAGGAUUGGCCAGGGCAUGCUCAGCAUAGGCUACGCCAUCUACCAGAUUCCCGAGGAGCUGGAGAGUCACACGGAUGCACACUUCGGCCAGGACUUCUUCCAGGGCCGCCAGCCCUCCGCUCACUCCAGCACCUACAUGAACCUGCGGGAAGUGUCCGGCCGGGUCCGACUGCCCCCAGGGCAGUACCUGGUGGUACCAUCUACCUUUGAGCCCUUCAAGGAUGGUGACUUCUUCUUGAGGGUGUUCUCAGAGAAGAAGGCCAAGGCUCUGGAAAUGGGGGACGCUGUAGCUGGAAACCCACACGAGCCACUUCCAUGUGACACGGAUGGAGAAGAUGAGCCUUUCCGGAGCCUGUUUGAGGAGUUUGCAGGCAAGGAUUCUGAGAUCAGUGCUAAUCAGCUCAAGAGGGCCCUGAAUGGAAUGUUUUCUACACGAACAGACAUGAAAUUUGAUGGAUUCAACAUCAACACUUGCAGAGAAAUGAUCAGCCUGCUGGAUACGGAUGGUACCGGAAGCCUGGGACCUGAGGAGUUCAAGACACUCUGCCUGAAGAUUCACAAGUAUCUGGAGAUCUACAAGGAAAUGGACCACAGCCAUGUAGGGACCAUUGAGGCCCAUGAAAUGAGGACGGCCCUCAAGAAAGCAGGUUUCACUCUCAACAACCAGGUGCAGCAGACCAUUGCCAUGAGGUAUGCGAGCAGCAAGCUUGGCAUUGACUUUGAUGGCUUUGUGGCUUGUAUGAUCCGCCUGGAGACUCUGUUCAAACUGUUCAGGCUUUUGGACAAGGACCAGAAUGGCAUUGUCCAGCUCUCCCUGGCUGAGUGGCUGUGCUGUGUGCUAGUCUGACCUGCUGUUUCAGACGUCAACAACUUCCCUGCAUUCCGCUCGUCUCCUUGCAAUCUUAAGAACACGUAUACUCAAGUGACAUUUUCUGAUUGUUGUAUUGUUCCAGCUAAUCAUUGUUCCUGAGACACUGGUCUGUCCCAACAGAGCAGGCUGGGGAGCCCCAGAUCUCUCAGCAGCACAGAGCUAUGAGCUAUUUGAGCUGAUCCCAGGGCCCGGUGGAAGGAAAUCAAUCAAUUAAAGUUGUGGGCCAGAAUGGUUUCUGCCUUCCUCUGGAGACAUGCAAUGCUGAGGGCAGCCUGGGCUUUUCAUGCGAUGGGGAAAGAUAGGAGUCUAAGCUACCAGAAGGCUGAAAGGAUGGACAUUUCCUUGGAGGGGAGACCUGCUGGGAGUAGGCCUGCUUCUGAGGGUCCUUGGGGGAAAAAGGCAGGGUUUUAGCUCUGCCAAGAAAGGGCACAGGCCUCUCUAGAGAAAGUGUGUCACUGGGGGUGGGCUGUAAGAGCUUCAAUUGUGCUUGUGGUUCAGGAUUCGGGCCCUCGGCUUCCUGCUCCUGCCACCGUAACUUCAUUCCAUCAUCGGAGACACUCACCCUCUGCAACCAUAAACCUAAAUAAGCCCUUUCUUCUCUAUGGUGCCCUGGUCAUGGCAAUUUGUCACAACAGCAGCGAAGUAACUAAUACACCUGUCUACACGCUGAGACGCUGUGACUGUGGUCUCAAUAUUCUGUCCAAUUUCAAAAGUCCCCAUAGUCACAACAGCCCCAAUACUGUUCAAAAAAUUUAACAUUUCUUCUGAGACUUGAGGCAAACUCUUAACUGUGAACCUCUACAAAAAUAAACAGGUUAUAAACUUUCAAUAUAUGGUGGCACAGAGGGAGGGAUGGGAGGCCAGUAAGGAGAGAUUAGAACAAAGCCAAACAAGGAAAACACUAGAUUAUAGAGCUCCAUGUCUGGCAUAUGGGACAUAUAGUGACAUCAUUUGAGUUUCAAGUGGCUGGGGUAGCCCCUCCCCAGCUGCCUCCAGUACACAUGGGCUCCUUUUGGGGCCACCUCCAACUACUGCCUCCAGGUUUUAUCAGCAUACGUCACCUGCUCUUGGUGUUUCCAGUGUCCUGGAGCCUCCACUGAAACUUGUUCUUCACCUUUACAGCCUACUCAGGGGGUCUGUGUAGGGAACCCAAGUCUGCUGCACAUUUCCUGGCCUUGGACUUUUCUCUGGAAUCUCAUAGCAAAGCUCCACGACAUUUGCAUUCUUUGCACUCAGCUCCACGUGACAACACUCAUUUUUGUUACCAACCCAGGAUAUGGCCAAGAUUCUAAAGAUGAUGGUGGCAGUGGAUUCUGCGUACCUCAAAGCCUGGGGAAGUACUUCCUGACUGGCCCUUUAGGCAUUCUUUUAUAGACACUCUCAUUUCACACAAAAGUCUUUCAAAUGGGUGUUUAUGCCCUGUAGUCUUCAAUAGGUGGGAUCUUUGCCUAGAGGGUUGCUCUUGUACCAGGGCAAAGGGCUCAAUUUGUCUUUAACAAAUGCCAUGGCUUUGCUUGCAACAUUCAAUGGAUUCACUACUUGAACUAUAUUCAGACUCCUUUGCCGAAUGUUUAACAAAUCCUUCUGCUCUAUUGUGGCGGCUUGAAAGAAAAUGGCCCCCCAAGGGAGUGGCACUAUUAGGAGAUGUGGCCUUGUUGGAGGAAAUGUGACACUGUUGGGGGGGGCGGGCUUUGAGAUCUCAAGCUUCUCUCAGUGUGACAGUUGACUUUCUGUUGCCUCUGGGUCAAGAUGUAGCACUCUCUGCUCCAACACCUCAUCUGCCUGCACAUACCAUGCUCUCUGCCAUGAUGAUAAUGGUCUGAACUUCUGAAACUGUAAGAGAGCCAUCCCCCACCCCAUUAAUGUUUCUUUACAAAAGUUGCCAUGGUUAUGGUGUCUCUUCACAGCAACAAAACACCCUAACUAAGACAUCUACUCUUUAUUUUCAGUGGUUCUCACUAUAAAUCUGGUUAAAAACAGCCAGUGAUAACCAUGCCACAGCCUGUGUGCUGUGCUGGCUUGGAAUUUCCUUUAUGAGAUAAAUUAAUCCAUGACUUUUGAAUUCAGCUUCAAUUAAAGACAUGGGUGAAAUCCAUCCAGAGUCUUUGUCAGGGUGUAACAUGAAUGACCUUGAGUCCUGUUCCCAAUAUGGUCUUCCUAUCUAUCUGAAACUUUAUGAACACAAUCCUUACUGCCAAAUUUCUGUUGGCAUUCUGAUCUUCCAUUUAGCAGAACUUACACCACUCUAGCCAUUCUCUAGCCUGCAUUUCUAAAUUCUUUUAAAUUUCUCCUGCAAAGCAGUUCCAAAGGCCAGAGAACCACACGGUCAGGCUUAUUGCAGCAGUGUCCCGUGGUGGCUUUUCUCAUAACCACGACAAGAUCCCUGACAUCAACUUCAAGAGAAAAGGUUUCUUUGGUGUCAUAAUCCCAGAAGUUUCAAUCCAUCCUGGUGGGGAAGAGAUGGUAGAGUUCACCGUGAUGGGAACACGUGGCCUGGGCACUUUAUAUCAGCAUCGGACAAGAAGCAGAACAAACAGGUUGGGACCAGAACCAUACAACCUCCAAAAGCACACUCUUGCUCCUAGUCAGUGCCCACAUCCUAACCCUCUCAAAAUAGUGCCACAAACUUGAUGGUACAGGCCUGAAAUUCCAACCACUUCGACGAUGAAGCAGGCAAACUCCAGGCCCAUGUGGGAGUUCAAGGACAGCCUGGACAAUGUAGUGAGAUUGUCACAUAAAGUAAGAAGACCUCUGAGAUGAUAAGUCAGCGGCCGGAGGUGGUGGGGUUUGCCUAGCAUGCAGGGAAGCCCUGGAUUCAACCCCUGGUACUGAAAGAGAGGGUGAGGGGCGCAGCAUGAGAUGGGUGAUUGAAUGUUCAGACAUGAGCCUGUGGAAGAUGGUUCUGUUUUGUUGUCUGUUGCUAUGACAAACACCACGACCGAAAGCAACUUGGGGAAGAGAGGGUUUAUUUCAGCUUGGUGUUGCAGUCCAUUGCAAGGAUAAGUGAAGGUACCGCUCCUCUGCAGGUGGUCCUGGGUGCUAUAAGAAAACUGGCUGAGUAAGCCAUGGAAGGCAAGCCAGUAAGCAGUGUUCCUCCAUGGCUUCUGCUUCAGUUCCUGCCUCCAGGUUCCUGCCCCGACUUCCCUUCAGGAUAAACUGUGAGCUGAAGUAAAUCCAUCCCUUCUUAGGUUGCUUUUGGGAAUGAUGUUUCUCACAGCAAUAGAGAGCAAAGCAGAAUGUAAACCAGUAGAGAGUGGACUGCUGUGGUGAGAGACCUGGCCAUGUUGCUUUGGGGGAGGAUUAUGGAAGUGUUUGGAACUUGGGCUAGAAAUGCCAUUAGUGCUCAGAGCUUAAUGGGAUGUUCUGUGGGAUCUUGGAAGAGAAUAUUGAGAGAAAUGCAAACGAUAGAGGCCUGGCUUGAGUUUCAGAGGGGAAGCAAAGACUCUAUCAGGGUUGUUCAUAGAGUAUUUUAAUUAAGAAUCUGUGGUUGCUGGAAAGCUGGGACAGAAGAAUCAGCUAUGAUUAAUAAGAGACCAGCAACACUGACAUGAAAGCUUUGCUACAUGGGGACAACCAACGCUAGUUAACUGAAGCUGAAAAAUCAGUUGUGGUUGUGCUUUGAUUGAAACUGUGCCCUGGCUCUCCCUUCUUGGAAUAAGGAAGUAUGUAACUUAGUUUUGAUUGUGAAGGGGCCCACAAUUAAAAGAUUUUGGAUACUUUAAAGAGACUGAACUUUUAAAGUACUUGAACUUUUAAAAGACUACGGGACUUUUAAAGUUGGAUUGUUUUUUAUAUUGUGUAUUAACUAGAGGUUUUGGGGAUAAACAAGUAAGAAAAGGUUAUGGUUUAGUAGUGAUAUGUUUGUGUCAGUUGAGUCCGUUGUCCUGGUUAGUGUCAGUUGCACAUGAACUAGAGUCAUUUGGGAAGAGAGAACCUCAACUGAGUUAUUGACACCAUCAGACUGGCUUGUGGACAUGUCUGUAGGCAUUUCUUCAUUAAUGUUUGACACGGUAGGGCCUAGUUCAUUGUGGGCAGUGCCACCCUGGGCAGGUGGUCCCAAGUUGUCUAAGAAAUCAAGCUGAGUGAAUCUUGGAGAGCAAGCCAGUCAGUAGUGUUCCCCCCAGCUUCUCCUCAGUUUCUGCUUUAAGUUCCUGUUCUGCCCUCCUUUCAUGAUGGACUGUACGCUGUAAAGUGAAAUAAACGUCUCCUCCCUGAGUUGCUUUUUGUCCUGGUGUUUGCUGCAGUCACAGAAAGCAAACCAAGACAACCCUGUUGACUACUGUUUGGUAUUUACUGACUGCCUGUGUCCAGAAGCCCUGGCAACAGUGCAUUGCAGCGUCUUCUUAUGUCCUCCUUGUAUUCAAGCCCCCAGUCCAGAGCUGUGGCUUGCUGUCAUUGCCCAGCACUGUGAGAGA